GUUAAGCUAGGUCAAUGUGUCCUUCCACACGUGUCGCGUGUUUCUUGUAGUGGCAGUGGGAGUCGUGAGGCUCACAGCGGUCUCUUUGGUCUUAGGCGUGAUUAUCCUGUUUCUAAAAAGGUUCUUACAUCCACAAAGCCAUGCUGAAAUCUGUUGCCCGUGCGGUGGGAGCGGCUGUUCGCCUUUAUUCAGUCGCUCCGUCAGCAGCGCGAGCCCUGCCGCUUAGCUACCCGGCGUUGCGCUCUCCAGGCUCGGCGACGAUUCGGCCGUUCACCCGCUCACUCUGGAUGUUGAAUAACAACGGAGCUUCGUCGGGAUACAGGCCCAACCUGUUGAGCUCGAAGGUUUUAAAUCCGUCAGUGUCGUGUGGAUGUGGAGGACUACACACAGAAGGUGACAAAGCGUUUGGUGAGUUCCUGUUGGAUGAAAUCAAGGAAGAGAAGAAGAUCCAGAAGAACAAAUCUCUCCCCAAGAUGUCAGGAGGCUGGGAGCUGGAGAUGAACGGCACAGAGGCUAAACUCACAAAACAAGUUUCUGGAGAGAAAAUCACUGUCACAUUCAAUGUCAACAACAGUAUUCCGCCCAACUUUGAGGAGGAGGUGGAGCAGGGACAGCAGCAGAAAUCUCCUGAGGAUGAGCCAGAAAUUGUGUCAACACCCAACUUUGUGAUUGAAGUUACAAAACCGGGGGCCAAACACUCCCUGGUGUUUGACUGCCAUUUUCCUGAAGAUGAGAUGAGCCAUGGUGAGGGUGAGGAGGAGAGCGAUAUCUUUGCCAUCCGGGAGGUCAGCUUCCAGCCGGAGGGAGAAUCAGACUGGAAGGAGACCAGUUACACACUCAACACAGACUCUCUGGACUGGGCUCUGUAUGACCAUAUGAUGGACUUCUUGGCUGACCGCGGGGUCGACAACACCUUUGCUGAUGAGCUCACGGAGCUGAGUACAGCCAUCGAGCACAAGGAGUACAUCAAGUUCCUAGAAGAUCUGCAAAGCUUUAUUAAUUGCAAGUAGUGUCGAACGAGAUUGUCAUAGUUCUUAGUGUGCAAUCUAACAAGGACAGUGGUAUGACGCAGUAAAGCACUCGGGGAUGGGUGGAUCUAAAACCACAAAGAGACUGAGUGGGAAUCUUGCCAGCAGCCACUAUGUUGCAGUUGCUCUGUUAUUAUGGCUUAGUUUAAACCAGAUCAUUCAAAUUUGUCUGGACAUCAUCAUGACAGAUGUCAGAAACCAUCAUUGCUCUCGAUUCUUGCAGAACCUGACUCUGUGGCUGUGGAUAUUUAAUGUGACCUGAUCAGAGUUUUCCUUUAAUAGCUUAUUUUGUGUUCCGGUCUCCAAUCAUCAUGUCAUCAUGUCUUCCCCUCCUCGCUGGCCAGGGAACAGAGUUCUUGCUAAGUGGUUGUAGUUUGUCAGAUUCAGAAGGUCUGGUAAUGGCUGUUCUGUAGUGUUAAGCUGGAAAAACUGUUCAAUAAACAAUUUGAUACCCAAAUGUAAAUUUAAUUUUCUCUAUGAACAUUUUACAUAUAACGAUAUUAGAGGUUGUUCUUCCCACUUGUUUGCCUCGUUGGUGUGUCAGAAUAGAUCUAGUGAUAAAUGUUCAACAAGAUGAGUAAUGCAUUUAGAUUUUAAUUGGAGCUCUUGCCCCUAGAUGUCACUAUAUCCCACAUAAAGAACACUGAAAAAAAGGUUCAGGGUAAAAAAUUGUUUUGAUAGUUUGUCCCUUUUGCCUUUAAUCCAUUGCAAGAAAACAAAAGGCUAAUGUACAUUUAAGUAGUGAACAUACUAAAAAAGACUUAACCAUUAGUUCUACAUCAACUUUAUUUUGUUGCAUUUAGUGUUUUCCUUUCAUAGACUCCCUACAAUGAAUGAGACUGUAGCUUUUAUUUUCAGCUGUAGCUCAUAAUUUAUUUAUAUGUUGAGAAUCAGAAAAUUUGUGCAAAAAAAAUUCAAAACAAAAAAAGCAGGUGAAAGUUUAACAGUUAUGUUAAAUUUGGAGCACUGAACUAAAGAACCAGUGCAUCACACAUUGCAUGUUUUUGUUUUUUUUAUGUUGGAAUUAUUUAUUAGCAUAACUAUUUGGAAAUUAUCUUUUUGUAAUCAAUAUAUAGACUCCCAUAAAUUUGUACUUGCAAAUGUGUAUGCCUACCUACAAAUGUUCUGUAAUUUGCCUGAAUAUAAAUAAUUUUUUGGGGAGGGUUAAACUGAACUGAAUUUUAUUUUGACUAUUUUCUUCAGUAAAUUUGAAAAUCUGUAAUAAAUCCAGGUAAUUUUUGGAGUUCAGGAUUAUAAGUUGUAAAGUGACAUUCAAAUGGCAA